AUGGCAGCCAGGAGCCGGCUCCUCCCUGAGGUUCGGGACCAUGACAAGAAGGAUGGCUUCACACCCCGGCGGUCGAAGUCGCUGCCCUUUCUCGGUCGACUGAAGCACAUUCGUCGUAGGCGCGUUAUCCUCGCUCUGCUGGCAGCAUGGCUGCUGUACCUCUUUUUCAAGAACAUGCCCACCGACGUCCCUCCUACUUCUCAGCGUUAUGACCGCCGUUAUGGACGAUUGUCCCCCGGAUUACCUGGGCAGCAUGGAUGGGGAUCCGAAGAGCGGCAUCAGGAUGAGGUUGGCCCGAUUCCAAACUACGAAGGUCCUAUCAAGUUCUACGGACUAUCCAAAACGCUGCGUGGUCGGUUUUAUGCUUUCGAUCAUAAAGGACAUGUUUUGUUUGCGGUUUCAAGACUGGAAAGCAUCCCACACAUCCUGCCUCUUGCGUGUUCAAUGUCGCAGAACAAUCACACCCAUGUCCACCUUGCAUUCAUGGGACGAUUUUCUGCCGACUGGGAGGAGAUUCGGAGCCUCAAUGGAAUCUCUGAUGCUGAUUGCGAUAUAAAUCUGCAUGAUGCUCGACCCGAUUUCUCAGCUCAGUCUUCGGAGAAGAGGUUGGGCGUCGGGGCUGGUGCAAGUCUGGGACAUAUUCAUGGUACCCUACAACUGCAGGCAGUUUUGACUGGAGGCGGCGAGUAUGAGGAUAAAUGGCUCUUGGAAGCGCUGAAGGAUAAAACGACCUCGCUGGGUAUAUCACACAUCGCUCUUCCACCUGGCGGGCCAGGAGGUCUUUCCUGGAUCUCAUCACUGGAUCCCAUGUCACUGAAGCACUUCAAUCAGGUGCACGUCGACAUUGUGAUACAAGCAAGGCCAGAGUCUUCAGCGUCCUUGAUCAGACUCCUCCGUUCGAUCAAGGAUGCGGACUAUACAGGGUUCGCCUCGCCACGGAUCACCGUGGAACUCCCUGCCAAUCCCGAUCCGUUUCUGGUCCACUAUCUGUCCAAAUUCCAGUGGCCGGCACAUGCAGUGGGCAGCGAGUCCCGGGUUGUGAUACGGCGCAGGGUUGAUGCCAGUUUCCUUUCGCCUGAACAGGCAGCUCUGCGGACCGUUGAGUCGUUUUACCCAUUAUCGGCCGAUGAAGCUCAUGUUUUGCUGCUCUCGCCUAAGGUUGAACUAUCUCCUGGUUACUUCCAGUUUUUGAUGCAUUCCAUCCUCGAGUACAGGUACGCACCAAAACACGUGAAACUGAGGGAGCAUUUAGUUGGUGUGUCACUAGACUUGCCUGCUUAUGCUCCUGACCUGCAGACCAAAGCGCCAUUUGAUCCUGAAGCCGUCGUCGAACCGCUGGUCCUUUGGCAAGCACCCUCGUCCAACGCAGCACUGUAUUUUGGCGACCGAUGGGUAGAGCUUCAUACUUUCUUGUCUCGUCGCAUCCAUAACGAUCCGGGAUUCAGGAAGAGGGCCAAGUCGACACCAGUGCUCUCCCACGAAUAUCCAUCAUGGCUUCAGAGUGUCCUAGAAAUGAUGCAGACCCGGGGCUACUACAUGAUGUAUCCUGCAUUUGCCCUCAGGGAAAACUCGUCACCGGCGACAGCUCAUCAAGAACUGCAUCAAACGCCAGAAGAAUAUAUGAAGGAAGACGAGGAAAAACAACAGUCUUCGAACCAGCAAUUGCCAACCGACCGUCUGACGGAUGACAACCCACUUACCGCUGCCGAUGAGAUUGACAGACUGAUGCAACGAGAAAGGCGAGUAUUUCCCGAUUCUAUUGUGGAUGCGUUACUGGGCGCCAUGACCGCCCAUCAACGCAAAGGCGGCGUUGCAGAUGAGUCCAACAUACCGUUGAUAUUGUUUAGCGGGAACCGGGUGGAUUGGGCCGACUCCAAGACAACCGCCUGGAGGUUUGCAGAAGACUUUGCGGAGUCUGUGGGCGGCUGUGCCCGUUAUGAUCCCACCAGUAAGCAGAACAACAACGUGGAAUCGUUGUUCUGCACGGCGCCCAACGAGGAAGGAGGCUGA